ACGGCGUCGCAUCAAGACUCGCUGAGCCACACGGAGUGUCUCGAUAACUUAGCCUCUACAAUACAAAAAGGACAGAACAUCAAGGCAGGUAAGAAAUCCGUGAGGAGUGUUUCCCCUGAGAUUCAAUUCAUCUUCAUCUCCGAUUUCUUCGUGGCCGAAGAGUUGAUUGGGAGUAACUUGCCUUUUUCGGGUAUUAUGGCCACUGAGGCGUUUGUGAAACCUGUGGUGCCAAAUGGUCAUGACGGGUACGACGAUGAUGAUGAAGAUGAAAUGCCUUUGGUUUUCAAGAGAAGCAGUAACAGUAACAAUAAUAAUAAUACAUCAUCUUCCUCUAAUCGUCCAAGGCCUAACAAUAACGCUCAGAGAAGUUCUUCUAUCGGUUCCACCAAGUCCCCACCACCAUCAUCAAGGUCUCCUUUAACAAGCCCCAAUAGAUCAGCUUCUUCCGGAAGAAGUUCACUGAUGAAACCGUCAUCUUCUUCUGUGAAGUCCCCGCCAGUAGGGGAGGAUAGAAGAUCCGUUGCCUCUAAGGAGAGGAACGGUUUGGGAAAGGCUCCAUCUGUGUCCAAAAGUGAUGAUGAGGAUGAUUCUGAGGAUGAUAAGCCUUUGAGUGCCAGGCUUAAAGGGGAUACCAAACAAGGGAGCUCUUCCGGGCGUGGUAGCUCGCAGCUGCCAGUACAGAAGAGCAAUGUGAGGCCUCAGGGAGUGAAUGAUAAUAACAGUAGAAACAGAGAUUCUGAUGAGAAAGUUCAGACAAAGACCAACGUGGGUGCAUCAAGUAGCAAGCCUAUUCAUAGUGACCAAAAGAGGCCCUUGGUUAACCAUAUCAAUCGGAAUGGUUUAAAGCCUAAGAUUGAAGGGAAUAGUUCUCAGGGACCUGCGAAGAGACCUCUUGAGAAGGGAAACUCUUCGAAUCAAUCUUCUGUUAAAAGGCCUAAGCCAUCAGAGCCAGCUAGACCUGUGAAAAUUGAGCAAGGCUCGCGUAGUACAGCUACUACGCCAGAUAGGAAAGGAAAUAAUCUGGAGGACUCUAAGCCACUGAGAGUUAACCAAGUAGAAGAUAACUCAGAUGGUGAUGAUCAUGUCCCUAUUGCCUCGAGGAUGAGCUCGAAUAAGAAAGCAUCGUCCGCGAAGCCAAAUGCUAGUAUGAUAGCUUCGUCAUCCAGAACAAUAGCUAAGAAGCCCAACAAAUGGGUGAAAGAUUCUAAGUAUUCAAAGUCGUCGAGAUCUUUACCUUCCGGAGAUGGGCAAAAGAAAUGGAAAACACUAGAGCACAAUGGUGUUAUUUUUCCACCUCCAUAUAAACGUCACGGUGUUAAGAUAUUGUAUCAGGGAAAGCCUGUUGACUUGACUCCUGAACAAGAAGAGGUUGCCACUAUGUUUGCGGUGAUGAGAGAAACCGAAUACUACAAUAAACAGAUGUUCAGAGAUAACUUCUGGAAUGAUUGGCGGAAGAUACUUGGAAAGAACCAUGUGAUUAAAAAUCUUGAUGAUUGUGAUUUCAGUCCCAUAUAUGAAUGGUAUAUGCAGGAGAAGGAGAUAAAGAAACAAAUGAGUGCAGAAGAGAAAAGGAUUUUGAAAGAGGAGAAGUUAGCGCAAGAAGAGAAGUACAUGUGGGCUGUUCUUGAUGGCGUCAGAGAGAAGGUUGGAAAUUUCAGAGUUGAACCCCCUGGCUUGUUUAGAGGCCGGGGAGAACAUCCUAAGAUGGGGAAACUGAAAAAGCGGAUUCGUCCUUGUGAUAUUACAAUCAACAUCGGUAAAGAGGCACCUGUUCCAGAAUGUCCUAUCCCUGGUGAAAGAUGGAAAGAAGUUAAGCAUGACAAUACUGUCACGUGGCUUGCUUUCUGGAAUGAUCCUAUCAAUCCAAAAGAGUUCAAGUAUGUAUUCUUGGCAGCUAGCAGUGCGUUAAAGGGGCUGAGCGACAAGGAGAAGUAUGAGAAAGCGAGGAAGCUUAAGGACCGUAUAGGGCAUAUUAGAGCAGCAUACACCAAAGAUUUUAGUAACAAGGAUGUAACAAAGCGGCAAAUAGCGGUUGCUACAUAUCUCAUCGAUAAGCUAGCCCUUAGGGCUGGAAAUGAGAAGGACGAUGAUGAGGCAGAUACUGUCGGUUGCUGUACAUUGAAAGUAGGAAACGUGGAUUGCAUUCCUCCAAAUAAGUUAAAGUUUGACUUCCUUGGUAAAGACUCGAUUCAGUAUGUAAACACAGUUGAAGUUGAGCCUCUUGUUUAUAAGGCUAUUGGGCAGUUCCAAGCGGGAAAAUCGAAAACUGACGAUCUCUUUGACGAGCUAGAUACUUCAAAACUGAAUGCUCAUCUUAAGGAACUUAUGCCUGCUCUCACAGCCAAAGUAUUCCGUACAUAUAAUGCAUCCAUCACAUUGGAUGAUAUGUUGAGUAAAGAAACGAGAGAUGGAGAUGUUCCUGAAAAAAUUGUGGUUUAUCAGCAAGCAAACAAGGAGGUCGCCAUCAUUUGUAACCAUCAACGUACAGUCUCAAAAUCUCACGGAGCACAAGUGGAGAAGCUGGCUUUGAAAAUAGAAGAACUAAGGGAGCAAAUAAAAGAGCUGGAUAUCGAUCUCGACAGGGCUAAGAAAGGAAGAACACCAUUAAUGGGCUCUGAUGGAAAGAGAAAGAGGAAUUUGACACCAGAAGCUUUGGAGAAGAAGAUAAUGCAAACGAAUGCCAAGAUCGAGAAGAUGGAAAGGGAUAUGCAGACCAAGGAAGAUAUGAAAACUGUAGCAUUAGGCACGUCUAAGAUCAAUUACAUGGAUCCUAGGAUCACUGUUGCAUGGUGCAAAAGACAUGAUGUUCCCAUUGAGAAGAUAUUUAACAAGUCUCUCCUGGCUAAGUUUGCUUGGGCAAUGGACGUUGAUCCUGAGUUCAGAUUCUGAUUAAAGUGUUCGUUGUGGCCAGUUUCACCUAACCAUUCACCAUACAUUUACAGAGACAUAGAGAGAGUUCAAGAAAAGAGUUCAAGAAAAGAGUAGAAGAAAGAAACCAAAACCUAUAAAAUAGGUUUCUUCUCACUUAAUAGUAAAACCAAAAGACUAAUAUGUGGGAUGUUUUAUAGAAAAACUGUUACAAUUUUUUACUCAAUAAGGUUGUAUGAUAACGUAUAAAUACUGAACAAAAUGUUUGAACAACUUUUUAUUGGUUAAAUAACUUAAAGGUCAGUUACAAAUAUA